GGUGUCAGCUGUACCCGAGGCGAUCUCAGCAGCAGCAAGUACCUGUUGUGGAUUUCCAGGCCGAACUGAGGCAGGCGUUCUUAGCCGAGACCCCAAGAGGUGGUUAAGUGGUCUUGGCACAUCCCAGGCUCCACCUACUGUUGGAAGCUUUCUGCCCCAGCUUGCAUUCUUUGUAGCAGAACCUGCGUCAUACCUUUAUCUGUAGCCUUCCCUUAGGUCUUAAGGAUCCUGAAAUUUUAUUGUGGACAUUGGAUUUGCUGGGACAGCAAUCAUGACUGUGGGCAAGAGCAGCAAGAUGCUGCAGCACAUCGAUUACAGGAUGAGGUGCAUCCUGCAGGACGGCCGCAUCUUCAUCGGCACCUUCAAGGCGUUUGACAAGCAUAUGAACUUGAUCCUCUGCGACUGUGAUGAGUUCCGGAAGAUCAAGCCAAAGAAUGCAAAGCAGCCGGAGCGGGAGGAGAAGCGGGUGCUGGGCCUGGUGUUGCUGCGUGGGGAGAACUUGGUCUCCAUGACGGUGGAGGGGCCACCCCCGAAAGAUACUGGCAUUGCUCGUGUGCCACUGGCUGGAGCUGCAGGGGGCCCUGGCGUUGGCCGGGCUGCUGGCAGAGGGGUACCAGCUGGGGUUCCCAUUCCCCAGGCUCCUGCUGGGUUAGCAGGCCCUGUGCGAGGGGUUGGGGGACCAUCCCAACAGGUAAUGACCCCCCAGGGAAGAGGCACAGUGGCAGCUGCAGCUGUUGCUGCUACGGCCAGCAUUGCUGGAGCCCCGACGCAGUACCCCCCAGGUCGGGGCACGCCCCCCACACCUGUGGGCCGAGCCACCCCACCUCCAGGCAUUAUGGCUCCUCCACCUGGUAUGAGACCACCCAUGGGCCCACCGAUUGGGCUUCCCCCCACCCGCGGGACGCCCAUAGGCAUGCCCCCUCCAGGAAUGAGGCCCCCUCCACCGGGAAUUAGAGGCCCACCUCCUCCCGGAAUGCGCCCACCGAGACCCUAGGAUACUAUUGACCCUUAGUCACUUUGACCUGCACUGCGUCUUGUGAAACUGUAGAGUGUUUGUGUGAGCUUUUGUCCCCUUUCUGCUGCAUUCAUAUUCGCUAAUAAAUGCAUAGAGCAAUUAAACUGCGA